AUGGCCGGAACGGAGGAAAAGAAGAAGGAAGACGAUGUGGAUACCGGAACAGCAGACGAAGAAGAAGGGAAUUCUAAAGAUGAGGAAUGUGCGGCUACGGAGCACAGAGAUAAGUUCAACCCAACUGCCUACUUGAACAGUUUCUACAAAACUGCCUCAGAGGACACUGCCAUGCAAAUCGUCUUGUUUUUUCUCCCUGGUAUACUGUACCGUCUUCCUCAAAAAGUGCGUACAGUACUCGAUUUGGGAGCUGGGCCUACAGUAUACCUUCCGAUUGCAUUGAGAGAAAGAGCUGAAAACAUUUAUACAUCUGAUUAUGCACCUGCUAAUAGAGAUGCACUUGUUAGCUGGAUUGAAAAUAGAUCAACAUUUGAUUGGGACAAUGUUUGCAGCUGGAUUUCCAAUAUCGAGGCAUCCAUGAAAACUGGAAAACAAAUGCAAGAGAAGACAAGAAGUCUAAUGCGUGCAGUACUAGAUGUCAAUGUUCACGAGUCUCCAGUUGUGCAAUCAGUUGUCUGGAAAUCUAACCAAACGACUGAGAAUAUUCCGGGAAAAUUCGAAGUGGUUUCUACUGUUUUCUGUUUAGAAUACUCUUGUGAGACCCUCGAUGGUUAUUUUCGGGCGGUUCGUAGCGCCUGUUCGCUCAUUGAGGAUGGAGGAUUUUUAAUCCAAGGAGGAGUUUUGGAUGCUACAACUUAUAACUUUGGCGGAAAAACAUUUCGAUGUCACCGAUUGAAACAAGCUCACAUUUUAGAAAGUUUGAAGGCAAAUGGAAUGGCUACCACUGCUGAGAAGGGAUACAAGUUCAUCACUCAUGACGACAUUUUUUUGUUGGUCUCAAAAAAGAUUUAA